UCAUUCACAAGUAGCUGAGGUUUUUCAGUCAUCUGCCGUGGAUUCGGCUUGUACAAUUCAACUUUUUGCAUCAUUUAUUUUCGUCAAAAGAACACUUUUUAAUAAUUAAUGUUAUCGAAGUGAGACUGUACUGAAUCCUCUGAUUAUUUAGAUUGUUGUGCAAAAUGGAGCUCAUUAUGCUAAUCGCCUUUAGUUUUUGCCUUGUGUCUGUUUUCGGCUCCCCUCUACCGGCACAUUUGGAAUUAGAGGAAUCAGUGGAUGCUAAUGAUUAUAUCGAUGGAAUGAUAGCAGAUAUCAAAAGUAGUGAUCGUUUUGCUACUGUGCCUUUACCGGAGUACAGGAUGAUUAACAACUUUACAAUUUUUGGCAUAGAACUAUACUCACAGGAGGUUGUGCUCAAAAAAGGCCACACGCACGAUGCUCAAACCAUCAAGAGGAUCGGCGAUGCAUUUAUCGACUAUCGGAAAGCUAAUUUCGACGUCGAAGUGAAAUUCUAUUUUGAGCAGCUCAGAAGUCACUUCGACUUUACGUGGCUGGUAUACAAUAUUGGCCCGACCGGAAAAUUGGACGUGAAUUUGAAGGAUGUAUACGUCACAUUCCGACUGUUUGCAGAUCUUGACUUGGCACAAGCUGACUUGACCGAGUUCCGAUUGACUUCAACCGCGCCUACGGACAUUAAAGUACAUAUAUCUUGGUUGAUUGAUUGGCUUUUGAACCCGCUGAUCGAAAAAUUUUACGCGAAGGAAGUUCUUCCUUACACCGAGGCAGCCUUGAAAAAACUGUUGAACGAAUAUAUUGACCAAGUGAAUGGCCCCAACAUCACUAACCUUGUUCACCGUUCGGAGUUGGUUUUUGGAUUCUGAAAAUCAACUUUCCAAACUGAUGCCACGCCUAACUUAUAUCAAUAAAAUUUCACUUUUAUAAUA